AUGCUUCCACCCCCCCCCCUUUUUCCUCCUUCUUUUUGGAUCUGGCUUGAGAUUUCAAAAGGCGCAGACCUUGAGACACGAGCAUCAUCACCUCGCAUCGCCGCACGGUUUGCAUUCAAAUGGUGUUUUUUUGGGCAUUCCCCCCUCCCCUUUUACCCGUACAAGGGCAAAUUUGGACUCGAACUGGAAUUGAAAUUAGAAUUUGACAAAACUUGCAUUGCAAUUGCAUUACUACGGAGUAUCUUCAGAUCGCAUUGCAUUGGGAACAUGGUUUCUUUGGAUGGUCCUACUAGGUUAGGUCGUAUGUAG